AUGAUUUGAUACCAAGAAAAUCAGAGAAAAAAAAAAAACUUUCAAUUGGGCUCUUGAUCAUAAUCAGAUAUGACAGAAAUUAUGGUGAUUUUCGACUUCGACAAGACUAUUAUCGAUAUAGAUAGCGAUAAUUGGGUGGUUGAUGAACUGGGUGCUACUGACUUGUUUAAUCAACUUCUUCCAACCAUGCCUUGGAAUUCUAUGAUGGACAGGAUGAUGAAAGAGCUUCAUGCAGAAGGGAAAACCAUUGAAGACAUUGAAGAUGUACUAAAAAGGGUCCCAAUACAUCCCAGAGUAGUCCCAGCCAUCAAAACAGCUCAUUCUUUAGGGUGUGAUUUGAGGGUAGUCAGUGAUGCAAAUCUCUUCUUUAUUGAAACAAUCUUGAAUCAUCUUGGAAUAAGGGAAUGUUUUACUGAAAUCAACACAAAUCCAAGCUACGUAGAUGAAGAAGGAAGGCUAAGAAUUUUCCCAUUUCAUGAUUUUCAUUCAUCUUCUCAUGGCUGCAAUCUCUGCCCUCCAAACAUGUGCAAGGGAAAGAUUAUAGAGAGGAUUCAAGCCUCUUUAGCUAUAGAAGGGCAGAAAAGAAUAAUCUAUCUUGGCGAUGGAAGGGGUGACUUUUGUCCGAUGUCGAAGCUUAAGGAAGUAGAUUACGUAAUGCCGAGGAAGAAUUUCCCGGUUUGGGAACUGAUAUCGAAAAAUCCUGAACUUGUAAAAGCAGAAAUCCACGAAUGGACUGAUGGGGUUGAGCUCGAACGUAUUCUGCUAAAUCUUAUCAAGAAAAUUAAGGCCAAAAAUCAUACAAGAAAAGAGAAUACAGCAAAAGGAGGAAAAAGGACUAAAAGUGUGCAAAUUUGUGAAGUUGGGACCAAAAUGCAAAAGGACCAAAAGUUCAAGGACUUGGAGCUGUAAUUUUUGGAGGGCAAAAUUGAAAUAAAAGUCAAAAUUCGAGGACAAAUUUGUACAAGUUCAAACAUUGAGGGAUCUAGUUUGCAAAUAUGAGGACUGAGCUGCAAAUAAGAUAAAAUAGGAGGUGGCACUGUAGAGGAGCCGCAGCGCCACGGCUUUGUCCACUAUGGCGCUGUAGCGCCACUUCAAGGCGUCGCGACUGCAUACCAAGAUCUGUCUGGCUAGAUUUUUUAAUUGGGGAUCAUUUUGCAAUUAACCAAACACGAUUUUUGGGACUUUUAAAAGACAAAUUCAACCAUUUUCUCAUCAUUCUUCAUCUUGGAAAGAAAACCCUAACCUCUCUUCUUAUUAGUUUUCUUUCUUCUGUCUUUUUCUCUUCUUUUUCUUUUCUUUUCCUUCGUACUUUUGAAAGCAAAUUAUAGAGUACAAAGAGAAAAUAUUUAAAUAUUUGGAAAAAUCAAAGUCAAUCUUCAAAUUGGGUUGUAUCUAUAAUUUUGUAUUUUCUUGAAUAUUUUGCCAU